AUGUGUCGUGGUGAGCUAAGCUUCUUCCUUGUUGGCCCUCCUGGUUCCGAUCCUGGCUUCGAUGGAAAGAAGCUGCCUACCGAAGGCUUCAUCGUCUGGGAUGGUACAUGGGCCGCUCACCACGGCCCUGAAAUUUGGCAUCGAGCAGAUGAGUUUCUCCCAGAACGAUUUAUUGUCAUUGAUCGCGAAGAUCCAUUAUUCCCGCCAACUAAUGGCUGGCGGCCAUUUGUGUCGGGGCCUCGAAAUUGUAUCGGGCAGCAUCUUCUUGUACUUGAGGUCAAGUUGGUAAUGACACUAGUGACGAGGUGCUUCGAUGUUGAGGUUACAUGGGAGAAAUGA